AUGCCGGGGGGCAAGAGAGGGCUGGUGGCACCGCAGAACACCUUCCUGGAGAACAUCGUCCGGCGCUCCAGCGAAUCCAGUUUUUUGUUGGGAAACGCCCAGAUUGUGGACUGGCCCGUAGUUUACAGUAAUGACGGAUUUUGCAAACUCUCUGGGUACCACCGAGCUGACGUCAUGCAGAAGAGCAGCACCUGCAGUUUUAUGUAUGGUGAACUGACAGACAAGAAGACCAUUGAAAAAGUCAGACAGACUUUCGACAACUAUGAGUCAAACUGCUUUGAAAUUCUCCUCUACAAGAAAAACAGAACCCCAGUUUGGUUCUACAUGCAAAUUGCACCUAUAAGAAAUGAACAUGAAAAAGUGGUUUUGUUCUUGUGCACUUUUAAGGAUAUCACUUUAUUCAAGCAACCAAUCGAAGAUGAUUCAACAAAAGGCUGGACCAAGUUUGCCCGGCUGACGCGGGCGCUGACCAACAGCCGCAGCGUGCUGCAGCAGCUGACGCCGAUGAACAAGGCUGAGGUGGUGCACAAGCACUCCCGCUUGGCCGAAGUUCUCCAGCUGGGAUCUGAUAUUCUUCCUCAGUACAAGCAAGAAGCUCCAAAGACUCCACCACACAUUAUACUCCAUUAUUGUGCUUUUAAGACCACCUGGGACUGGGUCAUCUUAAUUCUAACCUUCUACACAGCAAUCAUGGUUCCAUAUAACGUGUCCUUCAAGACAAAGCAGAACAACAUUGCCUGGCUGGUGCUGGACAGCGUAGUGGACGUUAUUUUUCUGGUUGACAUUGUUUUGAACUUUCACACCACCUUUGUUGGCCCUGGGGGAGAGGUUAUAUCUGAUCCCAAGCUCAUAAGGAUGAACUACCUGAAGACGUGGUUUGUGAUUGAUCUUCUGUCCUGUUUACCAUAUGACAUCAUCAAUGCCUUUGAGAAUGUGGAUGAGGGAAUCAGUAGCCUCUUCAGCUCCUUAAAAGUGGUGCGCCUUCUGCGGCUGGGUCGGGUGGCCAGGAAGCUGGACCAUUACCUGGAAUACGGUGCUGCUGUGCUGGUGCUCUUGGUGUGUGUGUUUGGGCUGGUGGCCCACUGGCUGGCCUGCAUCUGGUACAGCAUUGGGGACUACGAAGUGAUCGAUGAACUGACCAACACCAUCAAAACAGACAGCUGGCUCUACCAGCUGGCCCUGAGCAUCGGGACCCCAUAUCGCUACAACACCACGGGCUCGGGCCAGUGGGAAGGAGGGCCCAGCAAAGACUCCUUGUACAUAUCCUCCCUCUACUUUACCAUGACAAGCCUUACAACCAUAGGAUUUGGGAACAUAGCACCUACCACUGAUGGGGAGAAGAUUUUUUCGGUGGCCAUGAUGAUGGUUGGCUCUCUUCUUUAUGCAACUAUUUUUGGAAACGUCACCACCAUUUUCCAGCAAAUGUAUGCCAACACCAACCGGUACCAUGAGAUGCUGAACAAUGUGAGGGAUUUCCUAAAAUUAUAUCAAGUCCCAAAAGGCCUUAGUGAAAGAGUCAUGGAUUACAUUGUCUCGACCUGGUCCAUGUCUAAAGGAAUUGACACAGAAAAGGUCCUGUCGAUCUGCCCCAAGGACAUGAGAGCAGACAUCUGCGUGCACCUGAACAGGAAGGUUUUCAACGAGCACCCUGCCUUCCGGCUGGCCAGCGACGGCUGCCUGCGAGCCCUGGCCGUGGAGUUCCAGACCAUCCAUUGUGCCCCGGGGGACCUCAUCUACCACGCUGGGGAAAGCGUUGAUGCUCUCUGCUUUGUGGUCUCAGGAUCCUUGGAAGUCAUCCAGGACGACGAGGUGGUGGCUAUUUUAGGUAAAGGUGAUGUGUUUGGUGAUAUCUUCUGGAAGGAAACCAGCCUGGCCCAUGCCUGUGCCAACGUUCGGGCUCUGACCUACUGCGAUUUGCAUAUAAUUAAGCGAGAAGCCUUGCUGAAAGUGCUGGACUUUUACACUGCUUUUGCCAACUCCUUCUCGAGGAACCUCACGCUCACCUGCAAUCUGAGGAAGAGGAUCAUCUUCAGGAAGAUCAGCGAUGUCAAGAAGGAGGAAGAGGAGCGCCUGCGCCAGAAGAACGAGGUGACACUGAGCAUCCCCGUGGACCACCCAGUGCGGAAACUCUUCCAGAAAUUCAAGCAGCAAAAGGAGAUGCGCAAUCAGGGCUCCAGCCACGCCGACCCCGAGCGGAACCAGCUGCAGGUGGAGAGCAGGAGCGUGCAGAACGGGGCCUCCAUCACGGGCACCAGUGUGGUCACCGUGUCCCAGAUCACGCCCAUCCAGACCACCCUGGCCUACAUGAAAACCAGCGAGGCCGUGAAGCAGAACAACCGCGACGUGAUGGAGCUGAAGCCGAACGGGAACGGAGAGCAGAAAUGCCUCAAGGUCAACAGCCCCAUGAGGAUGAAGAACGGGAACGGGAAGGGCUGGCUUCGGCUGAAGAACACCAUGGGCGCCCACGAGGAGAAGAAGGAGGACUGGAACAACGUCACAAAGGCCGAGUCCAUGGGGCUGCUGUCCGAUGACCCCAAGUCCAAUGACUCGGAGAACGGUGUAAAUAAAAACCCACUGAGGAAAACAGACUCUUGUGACAGUGGAAUCACAAAAAGUGACCUUCGCUUGGAUAAAGCUGGUGAGACUCGCAGCCCCCUGGAGCACAGCCCCAUCCAGGCGGAUGCUAGGUGUCCUUUCUACCCCAUUCCUGAGCAGGCCUUACAAACCACGCUGCAGGAAGUCAAGCACGAACUCAAAGAAGAUAUCCAGCUGCUAAGCAGUAGGAUGGCUGCCCUUGAGAAGCAGGUGGCAGAAAUUUUAAAAAUAUUGUCUGAAAAGAACGUAUCCCAGCUCUCUUCCCCCAAGUCUCAUUUAUCACCCCAGUCCCCUCCCCAGAUACCCUGUCAGGAUAUUUUUAGUGUUUCAAGGCCUGCAUCACCUGAAUCUGAAAAAGAUGAGAUCCACUUUUAG